CACCAAGAGCUAAAUGUUAGUUUCACUUUAAUCCAUUCACAGUAAACUAUUUUUACAUCCGGAUUUGGGUGUAAGUAUCUUCUGGCCUUUUGUUCGACAAGGUUCGGCCCCUCCCUCUCAGGGCCUCGACUCCAUAGAUUAUUUCUAUGUUGUAUUAUAAUUUUAUUUAUUGUGGAUAUGAAUUGUCUGACGUGAUAUUUUGUUGAGAAAAGCAGCGACAAUAUGCGCUAUGUCAAUAAUAAAUGCUAUGGCGUUAGCCCCUGCCGGCGGUGUGAGUGCUGAGUUCGGCCCCGCCCUCCCAGCGCCGCACUGGCCCGCCCUGCUCACACAAACUCCCCGCCUGAGCUCUGCCCGAGUCUGGGGAAAGCGUACGGCCUGGAGCGGUGUGUGGAAAAGGAGUUAAAAUACUAUGCCGAUGACCAAGGGGGUCGAUGGAUGAAGAUGUGACGACCCUCUCUCCCCAUUCCCACCAACCCAAGAUCAUCUUCCAUGGGUCAGGUGGGGAUGGUGAACCCGAGGAGGAUGAGGUGGCAGUGGAGCUACACGAGACGGUACUGGUCUCUGGAGUGGAGGAUGAUGGGAUAGCGGUGCAUGGUUUUUCCCCAGAUGAGCUGGUUAUCCAGGAUGCCAUGGGAGAUGUUGUUGCAGAGUAUGUACAGGACGACGAUGAGGAGGAGGAUGAGGAAGGCCUAAACACCAUUGCUGUGGGGACAUGCGUGAUGUCACCGGGGAUAGCUCUGGAAGAUGUGCUCAAUCCCUCUCAGGGGCAGGAGGACUCGGAUGGGUGUGAAAACUACCUCAUGAUUUCCUUGGAAGAACCUGGGAAGAUUGUGUCAGACGAUGAUGCUAAAGUUACAACAGAGGGCACUUUAGAGGAGCAGGAUGACGGGGAAAAGGAGGACGAUGAGGGUCAAGAGGUCAUCAAGGUUUAUAUCCUGAAGGCUGACUCAGGAGAUGAUGACCUGGGUGGCACUGUGGACAUUGGAGAUGCUGAUAUUGACGUGGACGAAAGUGUGGAGUUGAUGGAUCCAUCUGCGCUCAGUGAUAAAAUGGUUCUUAUGCCUGUGGGAGAAGCCAGUCAGAAUCAGGAAGACAUUAAUGUGGCUAAGAUAACUGAUGAAGUGUACAUGGAGGUGGUGGUGGGGGGUGAGGAGCCUGCCAAUCACCAGCGGCCAUUUGAUAACACCUCGCUUAACAAGGACUUCAUGCCUGUAGCUUGGGCAGCUGCUUAUGGUGGGCAGGAGGCUGAGAGCUGUGAGAACAGGAAUGGAGCAGCCAGCGCGGUGUUACACAUGGAAGAGUCUGACGUUAUGGAGAAAAUCAACCACCAGCGAAUCAGAAACAAGAACAAGAAACACACAGAGACACGUCACAUCCAGACAGCAAUUAUCAUUGGUCCAUAUGGACAGCCUCUCACAGUGUAUCCGUGCAUGCUGUGCGGAAAGAAAUUCAAAUCGCGAGGUUUCCUGAAGCGCCACACCAAGAACCACCACCAGGAUGUCAUAAACAAGAAGAAGUACCAGUGUACAGACUGUGACUUCACCACCAACAAGAAAGCCAGCCUCCACAAUCACAUGGAGAUCCACACGCUGAGCAGCAAGAGUGCACCCUUUGAGGGUGAGGUGUGCGGCAAGGAGUUCCACCAGCAGGCGGCACUCUUCUCCCACCGACUCCAGCACCAUUACAGAGAGCCGAAGCUGCAGAUUCCGCCACCCGCGACAAAAAUGCACAGCUGCAAGUUCUGCGAUUACGAAACAGCCGAGCAGGGGCUUCUUAACCGGCACUUACUGGCCGUGCACAGCAAAAACUUCCCUCACAUCUGCGUGGAGUGCGGGAAGGGCUUCCGGCACCCCUCUGAGCUCAAGAAGCACAUGAGGACUCACACUGGGGAAAAGCCAUACUCCUGCUUGUACUGCAGCUACAAAUCGGCCGACUCCUCCAACCUGAAGACGCACGUGAAGACGAAGCACAGCAAAGAGACGCCGCACAAGUGCGAGCGCUGCUUCCAGACCUUCGCUGAUCCCGAGGAGCUUCAGCAGCACACGCUCGCGCACGAGGAGGAAGCCAAGAGCCACCAGUGCAUGCACUGCGAGCAUCGCAGCUCCAACUCCAGUGACCUGAAACGCCACAUCAUUUCCGUUCACACUAAAGAAUACCCACAUAAGUGCGCCACGUGUGGAAAAGGCUUCCACCGGCCAUCUGAGCUCAAAAAGCACUCGGCCGCUCACAAGGCCAAAAAACUGCACCAGUGUCGCCACUGCAGCUUCAGGAUCGGAGAUCCGUUCGUGCUCAGCCGCCAUAUCCUCUCUGUCCACACCAAAGAAACGCAACAGCAAACGCCAUUCUCGGACAAAAAAGGCCUGAAGAAGGCAUUUGUUCUGGGUGCUCAUGGAGGGAAAAAGGUUUUGGCCAAAGUGCACAGGGAGCGGAGGGUGUAUCAGUGUCAGUAUUGCGAUUACAGCACCGGAGACGCCUCUGGCUUUAAGAGACACGUCAUCUCCAUCCACACCAAGGAUUACCCACACCGCUGCGAUUUCUGCUCCAAGGGUUUCCGCAGGCCAUCAGAGAAAAACCAGCACAUCGCACGCCAUCACAAAGACAUGAUGGCAUCUGUGUGACAUUAGACAACCCGACUGGAGUGUACAGGGUGUGCGAUGUGGCAAAAAAAAAAAAAAAUUGCAUCACGAUUUUUAGUUUAAGAUAUUUGGCUAAUAGUGUAACUGUAAAAACUGAGUAACUCUUUUUUUUAAUUCAGUGUUUCUAAAAUGAAUUUUCCAAGAAAAGGAUAAUCGAUUAGAACAGAUUUUAACAUCCAGUCAGGUCAGCGACCCGUUACUGCAAGUAACAGUACAUUUGAUCAAGUAGUGACCAGUUUGCUAAUUAAAAAGUAUAGUGACAUCAUUGAUCAUGAUAUUGAUGCCAUAUCGUCACAUCGCACACCCCUACCAGAGUCCUCCUUUUAGCGGCUUCUUGUUUAGUCACAUCGAUCAUGCUAACACCAAGAUUAUGUGUAGUGUAGAGAUAGUGCCCCAACGUUGCCUAUCACUAUGUUCCUUUUUUUUUUUUUUGUUCCUUUUCCUAAUCCUUCUGUUCCAAUGCCUUGUUCUGUAGGAGUGUGUGUGGGUGUGUGUGUAACAUUAGGUAUGGUCAUAUUAUCAAGUGUAUUCAAAGCAGGUAAUGGAAUACACAUAUGCACCACAGUUGUAGUGUAUGCGUCUGCUCACCACAAAAGGGUGUUUUGACAUUUCCCAGUACUGAGAAAAGAACAGAAUUGAUUCUGAAAUUUGAGGCAAAGCUCCAACAUUUUAAAAAUAAAGGCUUGAGAGCACAAGUUCGAGAUGGCAUACUCUCUGUCCCCUGUCAAUCAUAGCAACACGAGCCAAUCACGGUUGUCUGUGAAGAAUAAAAUGCCUGAAGCAGUCAGCUGUUCUUUUCUUAGUAGCUGGAAAUUCUUCAAUCGUUUGUUAAACGCACGUACACUACAGACCAGGUGGAGAUUCGGGUGAAAUAUGCCUUUCAGUCAGAGGGAUUUACGUUUCUAUCAAACUAUUGUGCAGUACAUUGAAUUGCUUUAUAAAUAUAACCCACCUUGGCAGACUUCGGUCCUCAUGCUGCGUGAGGCAGGAUCACGGGGGUGCUGACGGUGGUCUGAGGCGUCUGUGCUAAACAUUGCAUCGUGUUCUAUAACAGCCCAUGUCUACUGAACACACUGCCAACAGAAAGGGGUCAUGAAACAAACGUGAUGCGGAGAAUUUGACUUGAAAUCAAUUUGAGGAUUAUGUUCUCGGUCUUGUGGUUUGGUUUUGUUUUUAAGGCACAUUCUUGCCAUUUUUAAAACCCUCACACUUGAUUUUUCUCUUAAAUUAUAGACAGGGGUUUCUUGCACAAAUUCAAAUUAAUAGACAGACUGGUCUGAAGUAAAAUGAAUCUACAGUGGUGUGAAAAAGUGUUUGCCCCCUUCCUGAUUUUUUUUUUUUUGCAUGUUUGUCACACUUAAAUGUUUCAGAUCAUCAAAAGAAUUUAAAUAUUAAACAAAGAUAACACAAGUAAACACACAAUGCAGUUUUUAAAUGAAGGUUUUUAUUAUUAAGGGAAAAAAAAUCCAAACCUACAUGACCCUGUGUGAAAAAGUGAUUGCACCCUAAAUCUAAUAACUGGUUGGGCCACCCUUAGCAGCAAUAACUGCAAUCAAGUGUUUGCAAUAACUGGCAAUGAGUCUUUUACAGCGCUGUGGAGGAAUUUUGGCCCACUCAUCUUUGCAGAAUUGUUGUAGUUCAGCCACAUUGGAGGGUUUUCGAGCAUGAACCUCCUUUUUAAGGUUGUGCCACAGCAUCUCAAUCGGAUUCUGGUCAGGACUUUGACUCGGCCACUCCAAAGUCUUCAUUUUGUUUUUCUUAAGCCAUUCAGAGGUGGACUUGCUGGUGUGUUUUGGAUCAUUGUUCUGCUGCAGAACCCAAGUGCGCUUCAGCUGAAGGUCACAAACAGAUGGCCGGACAUUCUCCUUCAGGAUUUUUUGGUAGACAGCAGAAUUCAUGGUUCCAUUUACCACAGCAAGUCUUCCAGGUCCUGAAGCAGCAAAACAGCCCCAGACCAUCACACUACCACCACCAUAUUUUACUGUUGGUAUGAUGUGUUGCUUUUAUGCCAGAUGUAAUGGGACAUACACCUUCCAAAAAGUUCAGCUUUUGUCUCGUCAGUCCACAGAGUAUUUUCCCAAAAGUCUUGGGGAUCAUCAAGAUGUUUUCUGGCAAAACUGAGACGAGCCUUUAUGUUCUUUUUGCUCAGCAGUGGUUUUCGUCCAUGUAGGCAGUUUUGCCCAGUCUCUUUAUUAUGAUGGAGUUAUGAACACUGACCUUAAGUGAGGCCUGCAGUUCUUUGGAUGUUGUUGUGGGGUCUUUUGUGACCUCUUGGGUGAGUCAUCGCUGCGCUCUUGGGGUAAUUUUGGUCGGCCGGACGCUCCUGGGAAGGUUCACCACUGUUCCAUGUUGUCGCCGUUUGUGGAUAAUGGCUCUCACCGUGGUUCGCUGGAGUCCCAAAGCUUUAGAAAUGGCUUUAUUCAAUUACUUUUUCACACAGGGUCAUGUAGGUUUGGAUUUUUUCCCCCUUAAUAAUAAAAACCUUCAUUAAAAAACUGCAUUUUUUGUUUACUUGUGUUUAUCUUUGUCUAAUAUUUAAAUGUUUCAGGUCAAACAAAUUUAAGUGUGACCAAUGUGGGGGGAAAAAAAAAAUCAGGAAGGGGGCAAACACUUUUUCAUACCACUGUAUAGUAGCUUUGUUUACGCUCUAAAUCUUAGAAUUGAAACCAGAGUAUCGAUGAAUCACAAGCAGACCUAAGCUCUUUACGUAUCGAUUGAAAAUGUCUCCAUUUCAGGAAGCAGUCGACAUGUAGCAUAAACUUUUAGCUAGCAGUUGUCAGGAUGCACCAGUUCCAUCUGAUCUUAAGUCAAACAUCUUCCAUUAGCAGCGGCUUUUGCAAGAUCAUUUAUUUUUCCCUGUUUAGCGUCAUUAUCAUCACACAGUCCAGAUGAACAAGACUGAUUUGGAUUUGAAAACAUCAGAUCAGAUUGGAUACAGCCUUUCUGGACAAUAUGGUAAUGAUCCUGAUUGUUGGAAUGACAUGGUUUGACCUGCUACAGUAUAUUACACCCAACAUGCUAGCAAAAGGGUUUUGGUCAUAUAAUGCAAUAAUACCACCUUCACCUCAUGCUAAAAAUGAGUUAUCAGAGAAACUAGGCACUCGUAUAUAAAUAAAUAAUUAUUCUAAUUUGUCUAUUUAUUUAGUCCACUAAUAUUGGAAUCAUGACUGAGCAGUUAAAUUUGGCAGUUUUCAGCUGUGUGUGUGUGUGGCUUGCGUUUGAGUGAAAGUUUAUUGUUAAACCAUUAAUGACUGACUAAAUCACCUACAUGCAAGAUAUAAAGUAUUUAUAUCACAAGUUAUCACAGGUCAGAAGAUAUAUCAUGACAUGUCAGCGUGAUGUGUCUGACUAAAGACCAUCAGUAGACAGCUGCCCUUCAUAUUCUACCUAUCUAAGCUGCCUGCUUCUGAAAUAGAUUUUAAGUACAGAAUAAUCUUAAGGGGCCCGAACACGGUCUCUUGUCUAGAAACUUGUAGAGGAAAGAUGCACAUGAUUCUCUCUAAAUCUAAUGUAUAACUUUGAAUCGGUAUAUUCUAAAAGAUGUUGUGUACAUACAUAACUUUUGUAAAUACAGAAUUAUUAAAAAAUUAGACUAUU